AUGGAGGCUGCGACGGAGAGAAAAAUGAGGGUUAGGGCUGCGAGGCUGAAUGGGAGUGGGGCUGGUUCAAAUGAUGGGAAAGGUGUAAAGCUUCGAAUCUUCAAAGAAUGCUCACAUCCGGACGAAACACGACGACGUCAAAUAGGAGAGGAGCUCGGGCUUGAUGCUAAACAAGUUAAAUUUUGGUUUCAGAACAAGAAGACACAAUUAAGGACUAAAAGUGAGCGAUUAGAUAUCAAUGCUCUUCGUCUUGAGAACGAAAGAAUACAAUCAGAAAACCGCAUAAUGAGUGAGACUUUGAAGACUGUAGCUUGCGCACCUUGUGGGGGUCGAGCCAUGGGACCAGAGGAGAGAGAACUUUAUUUGCAAAUCUUGAAGGUAGAAAAUAUUCUAUUAAUCAAAGAGGUUAGUGAACAAUAUAUUUAA